AUGACGGGCUGCAUUAAACAGAUUGCCGCUGGCCGGCGUAAGCCAAACAUGACACGCAAAGAGUACUUCGAUCACCGUUUCCGCAUUCAUGGAAGCUUGUCAGAUGGUACCGAGAACAAGGACGAUAAACCGCAGUACGUCAAUCUCAACUUUGUACCUUGGCCGUGGAGUUCCAAGUACAUUCAGACUCAAGUUUUCGACUCGGCCUUUGGUUCGCGCCCUGAUGGACCACUCAAUGCCAAUCAACAUUGGGUUGGAAGAGACGACACUACAGAGCUCUUCUUCCGGGACUGGGACCACGUUACAACCUGCUUUUCCUCGGAAUUUGUCAAGACUACCAUCGGGCCGGACGGUCCUUUCUUUGCAGACUUUGAGACCAGCGUUGUUUUGAUGGCAUACGAAAAACCUAUACCAGUGCAAACCGCAGCAGCUGAGGAGCGAGCCAAGACCGGGAACGCCGACUUGGAUGCCGGCAAUGCAACUGUCGCCAUGUACUUCAUCUCCACGCCGGAUGAUGUUCGAGACGGAAGCAAGCUAGAGCAAGCUGUGACUCCUCUUCUACUGAAGUCAUUGGAGGCUUACUGCCAGGCUGAUAUAUGGGGAGUCGUUUGCAAUGUCGGAGCCGUUUCCGACAAGUUUGAUCUGAACGCGUAUUUUGGUGGUGCUGAUAUGCCUCAGUAUGCGUUGGUUUAUAAGCUGUUCCUCACAGGGGCGGAAUCUGUGACCGCGCUUAGGAGAGCCCAAAGGGAAUUCGAAGGAGCUGCUAGCCAGCACGGGCUUAUUGACCUACACAAGAGCUUUAUCCUAUUCUCGCAAGAAGCUCUAAUUAUGGAUAUGGGGAAGGGAAUAAGAUUUUCUCUGGACCGUCAGGUGUCCUUCAAGGACCUUCCCGGUCCAUCUCACCUUGACUCAGAGAGCAAUAAGGACUUCCGCGACAGGCUUCGCACAACCCUGAACCCCAUCAAACUCGACAGCUCCCUCAAAGACUUUGCCUUCAACUGGCGCGACCACAUCCCGACUCGAAGCAAGCAACUCACCCUUGACACUUUCGGCUUCACUGGCGCCAAACCACUGGUUCAGCCAUGGGUGCCUACCUCCUCCACACCUGAGAUUCCCCUCGACUGGUUAUGUGAGAAUCCUGAUUUCGCCUGGGAAUUCGCGAGAAGAUGCCACCUUUACAGCCACACCCCCAUCCCCGCACUGUUGCACACUUGCGCCGAGUCCCGCAUUGUGCUCAUCAACAUGGGUUACAAACUCGCCUUUCGGACGCGGUCGAGUGGGCCAAGAAUAUGGUUCAACUUCGACCGAGACAUAUUGUACUUGCAGGCCGAACCCCCAGAAGAUGAUGACGCAUCCCGGUCACUCAAAGGAAGCAGCUUGUGGGACAUUGGCCAGUUCGAUCCCGGAGAGAUGCGACAGGUCCGGAAGCUGGCGUUGUGGAGAGCUGCCAAUUAUCUAACCCUGUUCAACUCCGAUCCUCACUCCUUUGGUGGUCACGCUCAAGAGCUCUCGUCGGUUCUUAGGCUAUUCAGCGGUCUUGACGAGUUGCUGUUUGUGGAUUGGUCAAAGGGUGAUUUGACAAGGACCGUCGAUAAGGAGAAACUGGAGGGAGCCCAUCGGCGACGACACCCAUACGACACUCAUGGGCUUUGGCUCUGCGUAGAUGUUGCAGAAAUCGAUGGCUUGUUUCGCCUCUUCUCCGCUGAGCCACCUUGCUUCGGCAACCUCAGAUCAACAGGCCUGAACAGUUUCCUUCUGAGCGAACACAACGUGAUGAGGCACCAAAAGACCUAUUUCGAAGAAGCAGAGGAUGAAAUUCGAAGCGCAUUAAUCGACGAGAUGACCCGUUUGAUCUCUACAGAAACGACCGACGUCAUUAUACCAUGGAAGAUUCCGCGUCCCAGAACCGUCCAUGUCUUGCCGCUUCUGGAGCACGUUAUACUUUGGAAAGAGCGGAUGGAAGUCGAAGAGGAUGUUUUCAAUCUUCAGAUGAAAUGGAACUCAAUGGUCAGGUCGAGAACAGAGAAGCAGAUGUCAUCCUCAGAAUGGCAGGAGGCAGAGCGGGCGUUUGGAGAGGCACACUGGCCCGAGGAUGAGGACUGGGACAAUGAACGAGCUAUCUACGGUGACAUUUUGACGGCUCGAAUACAAAAGCAGUGGUGGAUUCAGUACAGGACAACUCCCGACCCUGGCGACCCUCUCUCAUUGGUGCGACAAGUAGGCAGCCUUAUUCCUCGUCUUUCUAACAUUUGCACAUUUGGUCAACCGAAGAGGAUAAGAAUCGGCCAUGCUCGGACGAAAAUGUUCUCUUCCAAGGAUUACCUUCGUCUCAAGUUGUGUUCCACAGAGACAAACAUUAUGCAGAGACCCGACGGUUACCCAAGCCCGCCCCCCGGGUAUCCUGCCUCACCCCCCGCACCGAGGCCACAGGACGUUGAGUCUUGGGACGAGAUCCAUCUACCUGCUCAGAGAAGCGGGGGAGAAUCUGUCCCUCUCAAGUCUGUUACUGUUCCUACCGUUGUCCCAGUAGAUAUCAACGGGCAUGGCACCUACAACCCGACUCAACAGCCUCUGCCGAAGUUUCAAAAGAGGGCAGUAUGGCUGCGCUUCCCCAGUUCACCAUGGGUCGCCACCUACAGCAUGUACUUCUUUCUCGUUGUCGGCGUCUGUUUUGCGAUCGGUCAUCACUUCUUCUACUCAUCGCUGGAUGGCGAGAUCGUCGACGACCAGCUCCGUAUGCUGCGCUGGGGCACGGCGCUUGCCUUUGCCUGCAAGGCCAGCCUGACAGCUGCAGUUCUAUCUGCCUUUGAUCAACAAGUUUGGGCAACAGUCAGAACCAGGUUUCUGACUGUCGUUGCCCUCGACUCGGUGUUUGCGGCCACGGAGAACCCACUGGAUAUGCUCAACCUUGAGCUUUUGACAAAAGCCAAGAUGGCCGUUGCCAUGGCGCUGUUCGGAUGGUGUGCCCCGGCUAUCGUCAUCAUCACCGCAAAUACCCUCCUCGUUGCACCACCCUCGUUCAUGCAUCAAGACAAAAUGUGCCGCGGGGUCAGAAGUCUGAACUUUGACCUUGAAGAGGCGUACACUUGGCCGCUCGGUGCCAGCCAAGAGCAGAGCGGGCUAAAACCUUUGAACCUGGCAACAUGGAACGACACCAAUCGCGAUCCAGCUAAAACAAUCGGCUACUAUAACGGGCCUGAUGAACAGCUGGACUCAUUGGGUCGGGCAGCUACGGUCUUACGGCGGCCAGUCACGUACACCAACUCGACGCUCGAGACUUGCGAAAGAGGGUGGAAUUGCACCGUCAGGGUUGAGAUGAAGGGCCCAGGCUACAACUGCACUGAGCUCGGCUCUGGAGUCGGAUCAGAGGCCCGCAACCUUUCCCAACAGUCCGGAGAGAUAAGUCCCCCUUUCAACUUUACCGAGGUGCUUCUCCCGGUUGGUAAUGAAAGUUACCACGGUUUCGUCUUCGAAGGAGAGUAUAGUGCGCCGCAGAUGGAGGAAAUUGAUGAGGAAGGUCGCCCGACGACGCGCUGGCCCAAGAACUUUGCCGCCAUCCGCACAGAGCCCGUCGUUUGGAUCGGAUAUGUCAAAACCGCCAAAGGUAUCGAAAGGCCUCUUGAUCCUAGAAAGGCCGACAAGGAUGAAGAUGCUCUAAUUCCCACCCUCAUGGCUUGCGAGUACUACGAGACGCAAUACACGCUGGAGUACCAGUAUGUCGACGGCUCGCAGUCUAUCAAGGUUGUGAAACGCACUCCUUUGUCGCCUGUGGUCAACACAACCUUUCGCAGGGGCGUUAGAGACGAUGAAACCUACGACCCGACCACGGCGACGCCUCAAGAGAACUAUGUCCUCUUCGGGAAUACGACCCAGUACAAGAAGGCGGCUGCAUACCACGCUCUCGGAUAUGUUUUCCGCAGUGUCCUUAUGGGCACUGUGGAGAUGCCCACUGUCACCGCAAAGUCGCUUGCUCUAUUCACAAAGGUUACGAGCAACGGUGACUAUUUCCCAGCCGAGAAUCUCCAAGAAGUGGUGCCUAGCCUUUUCGAGGACAUGCUCUUUUCUCUGCUCUCGAAUCAGCAGUGGGCUGCGGUUGUCUGGGCCGCUGACAUGAAAAAGCAAGUCUUGUUCAAUGAGGACAGCGGCGAAUAUCCAUGUAGGCGAUCACAGCCAGUAAGUAGAUAUCAGUACAAGGCCAUUACCCUCUGGGCAGUCUACGGCGUCUCUGUGCUGCUUGCAUCCUUGGGCGUCGCAGCCGGGACCAUUGCCCUGCGGCACAACGGCGGCUUGAGGCGAGACUCGCGCUUCUCUAGUAUCUUGGCCGCCACCCGUGGACAUGGACUGAACAGGGUGGAAUGGGGAGGUCCUCUGUUUGAUAGGGGCCAGGUCAAUCAUUCUGUGAGGGGCUUCAAGAUGGGUUACGGCACGGCGAAACGGGACGAGGCCGAGAGGCUCAUCGGCCACCAGGUUCCCUUCACUUUUGGCUUUGAGGGUGAGAUUGAGCAGAAGGGGAACCGGCACGAGAAUUGA